GGUGCGUGGCGGAGCUGGUGUCGCGUUGCCAGGGCGUGGCUGGCCCCGGUCGCCCAGAGGAGGGGGGAAGGGCCUAUAAAACCCGCCGCACUCUAGCUGUGGGCACAGUUAGCCAGAAGCCGACUACCAACCCAACACUCACCAUGUACAAGCUGGUUGUCCUCGCCGCCGUGCUGGCCGUCGCCGCCGCCGCCCCCGGCUUCCUGGGUGCACCUGCUGUCGCCUACACCGCCCCUGCAGUGGCCGCCGCCCCCGUGGCCUACGCCGCCCCCGCUGUCGUCAAGGCCGCCGUCGCCGCCCCUGCUGUGGCCUACGCCGCCCCUGCUGUAGCCUACGCCGCCCCCGCCUACCACGCCCCAGUAGCCUAUGCCGCAGCUCCUGCUGUUGUCAAGACACACUACUUCUGAGAAGACAACCAGGACCACCUGCUUUACUUAUCUGCAAUGUAGAUAACAUCAAGCUUGCAGGACACAAAUAAAUUCAGUUUAUCAGCUGAAA